AUGUCGCAAGAUACUCAUCUGUUCAGCGUCAGGCGCCCAGGCCCCCGAGAGACACUUGGGAGUGUACAGAAUUAUUCUUCGAUUCCACAGCCCGCUUCUGCUCUCAAACGCACGAGCUCCAUUGGGUUUAACAACCCUCCAUUCACAUCGCAAAAUGCCCGCCGCACGUCGCUACUAAACUCGGCAAGCAGGCCUCAGCAGCCCAAUUUCACACGCGCUUCCACCGGAGGUCCAUUUGGCGCUGAUGCUGGUCUCUCAUCUGUCCGCCGAUCUGUGUCGAGUAAUAUGUUUCAUGGCGCUAGUGCGGGCCGCCAAAGCUUUGCGCCGGGCUCUCUUUCAUCGAAUCCUGCCCCCCCAAAUUUACAACGUCGGAGCAGUGUCUUUUCGAGACCAUCAAUGAGUGGUCCGAUGGGUCACCAGUCUUUUUUCAACCAAGUCCCCAGUGUAGCUGGUGUUCCCCGGGACCCGCGACCACUUCGGGAUCGAUCUUUCCAAGCGCGAAUCGGACAAGAAUUGCUGGAGUAUUUGACCAAUAAUCAAUUCGAGUUGGAAAUGAAGCAUUCUUUAGGACAAAAUACCCUCCGCUCCCCGACACAGAAGGACUUCAAUUACAUCUUCCAGUGGUUGUACCAUCGUAUUGAUCCCGGGUACAAGUUCCAAAAGGCUAUGGAUGCCGAAGUGCCUCCGAUCCUGAAACAGCUACGUUAUCCGUAUGAGAAGGGAAUUACGAAAUCACAGAUCGCAGCCGUUGGUGGACAGAAUUGGUCGACUUUCCUGGGAAUGCUACAUUGGUUAAUGCAAUUGGCGCAGAUGAUGGAGGGCUAUGUGCAUGGGCAAUACGAUGAGGCUUGCGCGGAGGCUGGUGUUGAUCUCACAGGCGAUCGCAUUAUUUUCCGCUUUCUUACUCAAGCCUAUCAUGACUGGCUACAAGGUGGCGAAGAUGAGGAUGACGAUAUGGCCGAGCAGAGAUUGGUUCCGCACAUCGAAAAUAUGUCCGCAGAAUUUGCCCGUGGGAAUGAACGAUACGUACAGGAGCUGGAAGCCCUGGAGGCCGAAAACCAAGCUCUUCGUGAACAAAUUGAAGAGAUGGAGCGGAAUGCCCCCGACAUGGCCAAGUUGGACAAGCACUUCCGAAUUCUGGAGGACGACAAGCGGAAAUUCGAGGAUUAUAACCAGAAUGUCAAGGGAAAGAUUGAGAAAUACGAGACUCGUAUCAAAUUUCUGGACGCUGAAAUCCAGAAAACAGAUGCUGAACUGCAGACGACUGAGACUGAGCGAGCCGAUCUUCAGGCCAGCGUGGAUCAACAGGGGAUCACUAUCCAGGACAUUGAUCGCAUGAAUACGGAGCGAGAACGUCUCCAGAAGAGCCUUGAAGACACAAUGGCUCGAUUGGAGGAGACGCACGCCCGCGUCAUGGAGAAGGAGGCAGAGGCUAGCCAGAAGCUCGAGGAUUUGGAGGAAAUUGUCAAAGCCUACAACACCCUUGGCUACCAGACUAGUCUGAUUCCAUCUUCAGCAGAAAAUGCCAAGGGCGAAGACUUUGAGCUCCAACUGAAUGUCAACGAAAACAAUUUCUCCGCCAGUCAGGCUGGAAGACCACCCAAUCGAAUUUCAUCUGAAGGCGAUCGUCUCUUGGCCGAGCCUUUCACUGGAUACCACCCAGCGCAUUUACUGAAUCUCGAUCUCCGGGGCUUUGUGCGUAAUAGUCUACAGUCGCUCCGGAAGGAGAUCAACGAGCGGCGCAAAAGGGGGAUCGACGAUGACCUGGACCGCCGUAAUCUACUUGACAACAUUAAGGAGGCGAUGGACGAGAAGCGAAGCGAAGUGGAGGCCUUGGAGCACCGACGCCGGGCGGCAGAAGAGGAGUUCGAACGCACCAAGGAAAUCACCACCACUCAGAAGUUGGCGUCUGACGCCCAAAUUGAGAAGAUGGAGAAGGAGCUUGCCAAAAUGCGCGCCACCCUAAGUGACAGUGUGCAAUUAAUGGAGCAACGGGAGAUGAAUACCAACAUCGAGUAUGAACAGCUGACUCUACGGGCGAAUGCCCUCCGGGAAGAGCUGCACACCAAUGUGGAGACUAUGCUUAACGAUGUCAUCCGGUUCAAGGUUCAUGUCCAAAAGGGCCUGGAAGACUACGAGAGCUUUGUAAUGGAUGAAGUGGAGCAGGAGCUAGGGGGUGACCUGCCACCCGAGGAGGAGGAACUAUGA